CGCGGGACUACUUCUCGCGGACCCUCGGGGGCGAGCGGAGGGAUCCCGCGCAGAGCGAUGGCGCGAGGGGGUUUGGCACCCGCGGUCGGAGAAGUGCGCCUGCGCCGCCGCCGCCGCCGCCGCCGCCGCUCGUCAGCCGGCACGAGAGGAGCAGCCGCCGCCGCCGCUCGUCAGCCCGCAGGAGGAGAGCAGCCGCCGCCGCCGGCUCUGCCCCUGCCCGCCAUGGCGCAGAUCCUCCCCAUCCGCUUCCAGGAGCAUUUCCAGCUCCAAAACCUUGGAAUUAAUCCAGCCAACAUUGGAUUCAGCACACUGACCAUGGAAUCUGACAAGUUCAUAUGUGUCCGAGAGAAAGUUGGCGAGCAGGCACAGGUAGUGAUUAUUGACAUGAGUGAUCCAAUGGCUCCGAUCAGACGGCCUAUCUCUGCAGAAAGUGCCAUCAUGAAUCCAGCCUCUAAGGUGAUAGCUCUAAAAGCUGGGAAGACACUUCAAAUCUUUAAUAUUGAGAUGAAGAGUAAAAUGAAGUCUCAUACUAUGGCAGAAGAGGUCAUUUUCUGGAAAUGGAUCUCUGUGAACACUAUUGCCUUGGUGACUGAGACCACAGUCUACCACUGGAGCAUGGAAGGUGACUCUCAGCCCAUAAAGAUGUUUGAUAGGCACACCAAUCUGGCAGGGUGCCAGAUGAUCCACUACCGAACUGAUGAGUACCAGAAGUGGCUGCUCCUUAUUGGCAUCUCAGCUCAGCAAAACCGUGUGGUUGGGGCAAUGCAGCUCUACUCUAUGGAUAGGAAGGUUUCACAACCCAUAGAAGGCCAUGCUGCCGCUUUUGCAGAGUUCAAGAUUGAAGGGAAUGCCAAGCCUUCCACCCUUUUCUGCUUUGCUGUACGCAGUCCCACAGGAGGCAAGUUGCACAUAAUUGAAGUCGGACAGCCAGCAGCAGGAAACCAACCUUUUGUAAAAAAAGCUGUGGAUGUGUUUUUCCCUCCAGAGGCACAGACUGAUUUUCCAGUGGCUAUGCAGGUUGGAGCCAAACAUGGGGUGAUUUACUUGAUCACAAAGUAUGGCUAUCUUCAUAUGUAUGACCUGGAGUCUGGUGUGUGCAUCUAUAUGAACCGUAUUAGUGCCGACACGAUCUUUGUAACAGCUCCACACGAACUUACCUCUGGAAUUAUUGGUGUCAACAAAAAGGGACAGGUGCUGUCAGUUUGUGUUGAAGAAGAUAACAUUGUGAAUUAUGCCACCAGCGUUCUUCAGAAUCCAGACUUUGGUCUGCGUUUGGCCAUUCGUAGUAACCUGGCUGGGGCAGAGGAGUUGUUUGUGAGAAAAUUCAGUACCUUUUUUGCACAGGGGAACUAUGCUGAAGCCGCCAAAGUAGCAGCAUCUGCACCAAAGGGAAUCCUGCGUACCAGCGACACAGUUCAGAAGUUCCAAAGCGUACCCGCCCAGCCUGGUCAGGCUUCUCCUUUGCUCCAGUACUUUGGAAUUCUGCUUGACCAGGGUCAGCUCAAUAAACUUGAAUCCUUAGAACUUUGCCGGCCGGUUCUUCAUCAGGGGCGCAAGCAACUCUUAGAAAAGUGGCUGAAAGAGGAAAAGCUGGAGUGUUCAGAAGAGCUUGGCGAUUUGGUCAAAACUGCUGACCCUACCCUCGCUUUGAGUGUGUACCUUCGGGCAAAUGUGCCGAGCAAAGUUAUCCAGUGUUUUGCAGAAACAGGCCAAUUUCAGAAAAUUGUGCUGUACGCCAAAAAGGUUGGGUGUACCCCAGACUGGAUCUUUUUGCUGAGGAGUGUGAUGAGGAUCAGCCCAGAACAGGGUCUGCAGUUUUCUCAAAUGCUAGUACAGGAUGAGGAGCCGUUGGCCAACAUUAACCAGAUUGUAGACAUUUUUAUGGAAAACAGUUUAAUUCAGCAGUGUACUUCCUUCUUGUUGGAUGCCUUGAAGAAUAAUCACCCAGCUGAGGGGCACCUCCAGACUCGGCUGUUGGAGAUGAACCUGAUUCAUGCACCCCAGGUUGCAGAUGCCAUCCUUGGAAAUCAGAUGUUUACUCAUUACGAUCGGGCCCACAUUGCCCAGCUCUGUGAGAAGGCGGGCCUUCUGCAGCGGGCGCUGGAGCACUACACCGACCUCUAUGACAUCAAGAGGGCUGUGGUCCACACUCACCUCCUCAAUCCCGAGUGGCUUGUCAACUUUUUUGGCUCCUUGUCAGUGGAGGAUUCUGUGGAGUGUCUGCAUGCCAUGCUGUCUGCUAACAUCAGGCAGAACCUUCAGCUGUGCGUGCAAGUGGCCUCCAAGUACCACGAACAACUGGGUACACAGUCCCUGGUGGAGCUCUUUGAGUCCUUCAAGAGUUAUGAAGGCCUCUUCUACUUCCUGGGCUCAAUUGUGAACUUCAGCCAAGAUCCAGACGUGCAUUUGAAAUACAUUCAGGCAGCCUGUAAGAUGGGGCAGAUCAAAGAAGUAGAGAGGAUAUGCCGAGAGAGCAGCUGCUACAACCCGGAGCAUGUGAAGAACUUCCUGAAGGAGGCCAAGCUCACAGACCAGCUUCCUCUCAUCAUCGUAUGUGAUCGGUUUGACUUUGUCCAUGACCUCGUGCUAUAUUUAUACCGCAACAACCUGCAGAAGUACAUUGAGAUCUACGUUCAGAAGGUCAACCCCAGCCGGAUCCCAGCUGUGGUUGGGGGACUGCUUGAUGUGGAUUGUUCUGAAGAAGUAAUUAAAAACUUAGUCAUGGUGGUGAGAGGACAGUUCUCUACUGAUGAGCUGGUGGCUGAAGUAGAGAAAAGAAACAGGCUCAAGUUACUGCUUCCCUGGCUGGAGUCCCGGAUUCAUGAAGGCUGUGAAGAGCCUGCCACUCACAAUGCACUUGCCAAAAUCUACAUUGACAGCAACAACAGUCCCGAGCGCUUCUUGAGAGAGAACGUCUACUAUGACAGUAGUGUGGUGGGCCGGUACUGUGAGAAGCGGGACCCACAUCUGGCCUGUGUUGCCUAUGAACGGGGACAGUGUGACCUGGAGCUCAUCAAGGUUUGCAGUGAGAAUUCUCUGUUCAAAAGCGAGGCCCGCUACCUGGUGCACAGGAAGGAUCCAGAGCUCUGGGCUUAUGUCCUUGAGGAGACCAACCCAUCCAGGAGACAGCUGAUUGACCAGGUGGUACAAACAGCAUUGUCAGAAACACAGGAUCCUGAAGAGGUCUCAGUCACUGUCAAAGCCUUUAUGACAGCUGACCUGCCUAACGAACUGAUUGAGCUGCUGGAGAAAAUUGUUCUGGACAACUCUGUCUUCAGCGAGCACAGGAAUCUCCAGAAUCUGCUGAUUCUGACAGCCAUCAAGGCAGACCGCACGCGGGUCAUGGAAUACAUCAGCCGCCUGGACAACUACGAUGCCCCAGACAUUGCAAGCAUUGCUGUUAGCAGUGCACUGUAUGAGGAGGCCUUUGUCAUCUUCUGCAAGUUUGAUGUGAAUGCCUCAGCAAUCCAGGUCCUGAUCGAGCACAUUGGAAACCUAGACCGAGCAUAUGAAUUUGCAGAGAGAUGCAAUGAACCUGCUGUGUGGAGUCAGCUGGCCCGAGCCCAACUCCAGAAAGACUUGGUGAAGGAAGCCAUUGACUCCUAUAUCAGAGCGGACGACCCUUCCUCUUACCUAGAAGUUGUUCAGGCAGCCAGCAGGAAUAACAACUGGGAGGAUUUAGUUAAAUUCCUGCAGAUGGCCAGGAAAAAGGGUCGUGAGUCCUAUGUAGAGACUGAAUUUAUUUUUGCCUUGGCUAAAACCAGCCGUCUGUCUGAGCUAGAAGACUGUAUUAAUGGACCCAACAAUGCCCACAUCCAGCAGGUUGGAGACCGCUGUUAUGAAGAGGGAAAGUACGAGGCUGCCAAGCUGCUGUAUAGCAGCGUCUCUAACUUCGCCCGCCUGGCUUCUACUUUGGUCCACCUUGGGGAGUAUCAGGCAGCAGUGGACAGCAGCCGCAAGGCCAGCAGCACCCGGACCUGGAAGGAGGUGUGCUUUGCCUGUGUGGACGGGCAGGAGUUCCGCCUUGCACAGCUGUGCGGUCUUCACAUCGUCAUUCAUGCUGAUGAGCUGGAGGAGCUAAUACGAUAUUACCAGGAUCGGGGCUACUUUGAGGAACUGAUCUCCCUGCUGGAGGCGGCCCUGGGCCUGGAGCGAGCCCACAUGGGCAUGUUCACAGAGUUGGCCAUCCUCUACUCCAAGUUCAAGCCACAGAGGAUGCCGGAGCACCUGGAGCUCUUUUGGUCCCGUGUCAACAUCCCGAAGGUGCUCAGAGCUGCGGAGCAGGCACAUCUCUGGGUGGAGCUGGUGUUCCUCUAUGAGAAGUACGAGGAGUAUGACAAUGCCGUCCUAACCAUGAUGAGUCACCCUACUGAGGCGUGGAGAGAAGCCCUAGAGGAGUGCAGGCACCUGAUAGAGGCACUGUAAAUCCCGUAGUAGAGGGAUGAGGCCGGGGCUGCCCAGCCUCAGGUCUUCACCUGACCUGGGAGCAGCUGUUCCUUCUGCAGACUUGUUGGGCUAAACCAGUACCCCCCACUCUACCAGCAGCCAAGCUGUGGGUGGUGUCAGUGUGAGUGUGGACACCAAGCCAGCCUUUGUCAUUUUGCAUUUCUGGUCUUUGCGCGGAUCCAACCUCCUCCUCUGUUCAGCUCUGCAUGCGAGUUAAAAGGUGAAAGGGAUGAAGUGCUCUGUCAUUACUCCCAGUCCUUUUACAUUGAGUGUCCUCAUUUUGUCCCUGUGUCCUUGGGUAUGUCUCUCCCCUCUGCUCUCUGCCAGUGAAAGCUAGCAUCCUAGCUGCGUUUCAGUCCUACCACUCUCGAGUCAAGAGCCGGGGCUGGCACAGCAUCCCCUCGCAGCAGGGAGGUGUUGUCUCUCUCUUGCACCUUCUUUUCCACAUGCAGCCAUUGAGGUGGGCGUGGACAAUGGGUGGGCUGCCAAGCGAGGUCUUCAGCUUUUCCCCUUCUUGGAAAUAGUCAUCCUCAAGGUCACACAUGCAGCCACACAUAAUGAGCCUCCUGGUGAAGGACAUCCAUGUUAUUCAGUGUUGUGGCAUGUAAAUUCAGUAGCCCCUAAUGGGGGUCUCACCCUGAGCGGGUUCUGUAGGCUGCUGGGCUGCUGGUGGGAGCAUGGGCAGAUCACACUUUACCCUGGCCCAGCACACCUGGCCAGUUCCAUGUAGAUAGGUCCACAUGUUGGAAAAUCCAUACUUGAUCAGUGCCAUGUAUACUUUCUUCACAUUUUAACUUCUCUGAUACCAGAGUGUACCUUAAAAUUGACAUGCCAUGGUUGAAAUGGCAGAGCCUUUUAUUUCUUAGUGGUACAUAAUAUGACAGAGCAGGACAGCUGAGACUUGUCCUGGGAGAGCAGCAUCUCUGUCUGCCGCCUGCAGGGCUGACAGCCAAGUCCUCUUCUUCAUGUGAUGCAUGAUGCUUCUGCCACACUCUGCUGUGGAGGGGGAGGGGAGAGACACCAUCCCCAGUCUCAGCAGGAGAAUACUAGCUGGUAUGGUGGCCCAGGCAACAAGGCGACAUUGAGUCUGUGUUCUAGGCACACAAAAGGAGGUGCUUUGGAAUCCACUUGGCCCCCAAGCUGGGCAGUGGCAGGCCAAGCAGGGGCCUUGCUGACACAGACUGGGCUUGGCAUCCUGGCUCAAUCAUUUGCUGUCUCUGUCACUGUGGACUAGGGUGUCAUUACUGUGAACCUCAGUUAUCCUGUUGAUGAAACAGACAUGUUUCCUCCUUGCCAAGUGGUUGAUGGCAGGUGCCUCGCAUACAGUAGGUGCUUUUCAAAGGUAGCGUGAGGCCAUCAUUAGGAGCCAGAGAGUCCUGAGCUCAGAGCACACCCUGGUCACCCUGUGGUUCAUGCCCUUCUGGAAGGCAGGGACCACCUUGCUCCUUGGACAUCAGUGCUACAGUCAGCAGGCCACCGAAUGACAUCACCCAGCAAGAGAAUGGCAACAGACCAGUGGGAACGUGCCAGAGGACACAGCAGCCUGAGGACAGGCCUUCUCAUCUGCCAUCAGAACCUGCUCGGCCUGGGCUGGCUGCUGAGGUUCACACUGGGGAUGUAAUGGGAUGUGCUACUGAGUUGCUUAUGGCUCAGGUUGACCUUCCCAGGGGCCUGAGGAAAUCUUGCUUGGAUAUAAACAUGGUUUUUUGUUUGUUUGUUUGUUUUUUUAAAGAUGACCAGUACGGGGAUCUUAAUCCUUGACUUGGUGUCCCUGUGGCCUUGGUGUUAUCAGCACCACAUUCUCCCAAGUGAGCCAUGGGCCAGCCCUAGAAACAUAUUUUGAUGUUUGAUUUUGGUGAUUUCAUU